AUGAAAUUGUUGCUCGUGUCUCUCGUCGCGCUCGUGGUCGGGACGCGCCGAGUCCUGGCCGGGAGCCAUGUCUGGCAGCCGCCCGUGAGCAACGAGCGCAGCAAUGCGCUGGCCCGGCGCUACUUCGUCAUCAAUGAUGAUCCCAGCGAGGGCGACCGCAUGCCGUGGCGCAACCGCCAGAUCCGCUACUGCUUCGACAAGCCGGACGACAAGAAGGCGCUCGAGGGGCUUCUCCUCGCGGCACACGACCUGUGGCUGAGCCAGGGACUUGGCAGCGAAUUCACGCUCGCCGAGGUGGGCGACGACGAGUGCAAGGGAGAGAAGCGGUUCGACACCCUGCUGGUGCAGUCGACCGGGGAUAGCGGAAGGAUGGCGACCUUCGAGGCCCUGCCGCAGGUCGAUUCGGUCAUCCGCCAAUCGAAGAAUCCCGACGUUCGACCAAAGAUGCUGCUGACCACCAGCACGUCCAUGGGCAUGCUGGAUCAGGUCAAGAACGUCGCGCACGAGCUGGGCCACGCCUGGGGGCUGUACCACGAGCACCAAAACCCGGCCUUCUGGAGCCGCGGCACGAUCCAUAACGCCCUGGGCGGCUCGGUGUUCGGGCCCGAGAACGGCGGCAACUGGCGGUGCGAGAACCUCAAGGACUACGCGAGGCGCAUGGCCGGCGGCGGCCUGAUUGUCCAAAACCCUGGGAGCCGGGGCUACGGCGACCGCAUCGGCAUGGACAUGCUGUGCAAGGACUACGAGUUUGCCAGCAAGGCGCAGUUCAGCGCCCGCGACUACCUGCCCAUGCCGCGGGUCAUGGGCGUGGCCACCUCCGCCGGCACGAGCGCCAAGGACGUCGACUGGGACUCCAUCAUGAUCUACCCGUCCGGCGCGGGCGCGAUCGGCGACGCCAGCCCGGGCAACGACCAGCGCCAGCCGAUCCUGCUCAAGCCGGACGGCAGCCGCAUCCCGAUCAACGGCGCGCCGAGCCAGCGCGACAUCGCGGCCAUGCACAAGCUGUACGGGCGCAGCAAGUCGGCCCGCGGCAAGGAGCUGCUGCAGAAGGCCGGCGGCACCGUCACGUCCAACUUCAAGAAGCUGUACUCCAAGAGCUCCGGCCACGGCGACGACGGCUCGAGCUGUCUGUGA